CGGCAUCCGGGGUUGGUGUUGUUGAGAUCAGCAGCGGGUGCAGGGAGUGUCGCGCAGGCCCGCCCCGCUCGAUGAGCUGCUGACUGCUGGUGCUAUCCAGCCGCCCGCUUGUCCGGUUGACAUAGAGGCUGCGCGGGACGGUAGUCAUCAUGGCGUCCGUGACCCUCAGCCUGAUUCUGGAGAAGAUCGCCUCCAGGGACAAGGACUUCAGGUACAUGGCCACAAGCGACCUGGCCAAUGAGCUCGCCAAGGACAGCUUCCGCUUCGACAGCCCCGCCUCUGAGAAGCAGGUCAGCGACGUGGUGCUCACCCAGCUCGAGGACUCGUCAGGCGACAUCUCGGGGCUGGCGGUCAAGUGCCUGGGCUACCUGGUGAACAAGAACCGCACGGAGCAGCUGCAGGAGGUGGUGGCGGCGCUGUGCAGCAAGCUGCUGACCUCCAACAAGGAGCAGCUGCGGGAUGUGGCCAGCCUGGGCCUCAAGACGGUGGUGGCGGAGCUGAGCAGCAAGAAGGCGGGCACGCUGGUGGCCGCCGCCACGCCCCGGCUGAUCGAGGGCCUGCAGGCGCAGGCCUCGGACGUGGUCAGCAGCAGCCUGGACAUCCUGGCGGAGCUGACUGCGCGGUACGGCGGCGUGCUGCCCGACCAGGAGGGCCUGAAGCGGGCGCUGCUGCCGGAGCUGGAUGAGAGCCGGGCGGGGGUGCGCAAGCGGGCUAUCCAGUGCCUCGCCUCCCUGGCCGCCUCGCUGCCGCCGCAUUCGCUGGACGACCUGUGCGCCACAGUGUUUGCGCGGCUGGAGAGCAGGGGGCUGAAGCAGGAUACCGCCCGCACCUACGUCCAGGCGGUGGCCGGCAUCAGCAAGUCUGUGGGCAACAAGUUUGGCAAGCACCUGCCGCGGGCGGUGCCGCUGUGCAUCCGCUACCUGCGGGUCGCGGCCGAGGGGGAUGAGGAGCUGCGGGAGUACUGCCUGCAGGCUCUGGAGAGCUUUGUGCUGCGCAGCCCCCAGGAUGAGGUGUAUCCCAAGGUGGCGCCGGUGCUGGUGCAGCGCUUCAAGGAGCGGGAGGAGACGGUGAAGCAGGAUGUGUUCCAGGCGUAUGUGGAUCUGCUGCGCCAGGUUGGGCUGGCCGCGCGGCGCUCCGACGGCGCCGCCACCGGCCUGCUGCGCGCCGACAUCCCCGCCGUCAUGCGCGCCGUCAGCCGCCAGCUCAGGCACAAGUCGGCC